GUCAUUUGAGGAACAGAAAAAAAGGAGAAAGAUGAAAGUGAGGAAUCCUAAACUUUAACAAGGGAAACAGUGAAGAUGACAUAGACAUUGUCCCCUGGAGCACCAAGCAUCACAAGGUAGGGGCCACUUCAUUGAGAUGAGAUAAAAUAAAAAACAGGCAUUCUCCACUUUACAUUCUUAAUGCUUCUCUCCAUUUCUUUCCUCUUUUUCUCUUUGAUCAAGCCCUUCAAACAGUCAAUUACAACCAUUUCAAACCAUUGCACAAGCUUAGAUUCAUCCAUUUCCUUUUGAAACCCUCACCCAAUUUGAGAUUUGAGAAGAAAUGAUCUCCCAGGGGGAAGGAGAACGUGAAAGUGAACUAAUAUUAGAUAAAGAGCAAAACAGAUUUUUGAUCAACAACGAUAACAAAGAAGAAACUGAAGAUCUUAAUACAGGAGAGUGGCUGAACCUGAGCCUAGGUAGGAAUUUGCUCUCAACAGAGGGAGACACAGACUCACAGUCAAGACCAGCUUCUGGCAAGGUGUUUUCCUGUAACUUCUGCAUGAGGAAGUUCUUCAGCUCGCAGGCAUUAGGGGGUCACCAGAACGCCCACAAGAGAGAAAGAGGUGCAGCCAGAAGAUACCAGUCUCAAAGAAUGAUGUCAAUGAUGGGAUUUCCGUUCACUACUUCCACGGUUAGAUCACUCAGCGUUCAGCCCCACUCACUUGUGCACAAGCCAAGCAGAGAUGAAACUUCACUUGUAGCAAGAUUCAAUGAUGCAAAUACAAGGUUUAGCAUGAGGCCUUUCACACUGGACGAUGUAAUGGAUUCUAUGUGGCCAGGCAGCUUCCGGUUGGAUUCACAAGUAUUAGAGCCACAAUCAGAGCCAUGCAAGCUUGACUUAAACCUUCGGCUCUGAUCCAUCCAUCCUACUACCCUAGUUUGGAACUUUGUUUUAUGACUUUUCUUUUGGAAGAGGUCUCAAUUAUUUUCUACCAAGUACAGAACUAGCAUAGGUUAGAGGCCUACUUGGAGAGUCAUCCUCUGUUUAUCUACUCAAUGAGACUAGGAAAGAUACUGAGAAGUUCCUACUGUUUUAGGCAUGUUAUAAUAUUGAAGUUAUUUCCUAUUCCAUGAUGCAUGCAAUAAUCUCAAGUGCAUUAUGUCUCAUGGAAAUGAGUUCUUAUGAGGUUUUUCUAUUCUGCUACUGAUUAUCAACUUCUAGCUUUGUUGUAUCUAUGGCUCAAACAAUGCUAUGGCUUUUCCCAA